AUGAGGAUGAUUUGCGAGAAGAGGAGCCUGAACUCGAUCGAGCUGAGGAUCGAGUUGAGGACAACGCCAGUGAAUGCGGAUUUGGGUGAGCCUGAGUGCUACUAUUUUGAGGAGUUCAACAAGUGGCAAGGGAAAGCCAUGAGAAAGAUGCAAAAGUCCAUGGACAAGAUGGUGAGCAAGAUCAAGAGUUUGGAGAAGAAGGUUUCUGGUUCUUCAAGCAAGAAGAAGACACCAUGGCCCACAUUCCCUAGGAGUAGAUCACUCCUCACCACUCCAAGGAGGCUCCCUGCCCAAGAGCCUCACAGAGCCUCUUCAUUCGAGCCAAGGGAAGGAGAGACAACACGCAGAGAAGGAGGAAGAGUUCCAAGGCCAGACGCUCCAACUCGACCACCGGACUCGAUCGAGUCCAAACAGAGGAAACUCAACUCGAUCGAGCUGAGGUCGAGUUGA